UUUUCCUUCUGCGCAAAACGCCUUUUCUCUUCACGGCUCAUUGAAGUUUAAGAAGAAAGAAGCAACGCAUCUCAUAAUCUAUGUGACAGAAGUAGCUGGAUUGUCUCAGGUGAAAUAAUUCACCUUCAUUCACAGUGACCAUGACAGGGUCGCAGGAAGGCUCAAGCAGCACUCCAGUAGUUUUGACUCUCUUCUUCCUCUGGGUGCUGCUCGUCCUGAUCCUCAUCUAUCUCUACAAGCGGUUGAACCAUAUCACAAAUAAUCAGUACACUGUCCAGCGUUUCGUCUAUGGUGAAGGAGGCCUUCGCGAUCGUGUGGUACAGGGGGUUGAAGUCGUGACCACCUUAACUGCCCGCUUUCUGCCCCAGAACCGCGAAGAGGAGGAGGCCAUAGGCGAUAUUGAAGAUGGCAAUGACGAAGAUGGAGAAGAAGGGGAGGAAGAGAGAGAAGGGACCUGUCAAAAUGAGACCAGUGCAGACGAGAAUGAGGAAGAAGACAAGGACGACUCGUCGGACGACUACUCCAGUAUUGACCUAAAGGAGAGAGUGAAGCAGAAUAAUAGCACAGAGGAGCUGAAGAAAGAUGAAGAACAGAAAACAGAGUCAAAGAAUGAAGAAAAAGAAGACGGACAUAAACAAGAGGAAGAGGUGAAGGAUGAGGAGAGAGUGGGCUUGCUUGUAAACAUUAAGCCUUUUUCUGGCAGUGCCAUUUGGUCUGAGGAGAAGACAGAGGAGAGUAAUGUUACAGCUUUGUGAAAAAAAACCCCAAAAAAUCUGAUGUGGCCUUAAUAUGAGGCAGAUGAAGAGAAACUCUAGAACUGAAGCUGAUGGUGUAGAUUUUGCAUGGAAAACGAAUGUGUCCUUAAAGGGGAAUUUCAUCAGUGUCGCAAAAUGUCAUUGUACAUCAUAAAGAUGUAAACAAAGUCAAUCAGAGUGGUUCUGUGUGAAAUGUUCCAUCUGAAGUUUAACGCCUCUAAAAGCUCCUUCACAGAAAGAAAUUACAUGAAAGGGUUAUGAAAAUUCUGCUUGAUACCUGAGACGUUAUGUUAUGGUAGUAAAUGUGUGGCCUAAAACAUCAUUUUUUAAUACAGUCACAGCAGAGAGGCACAUGCAGGGCACUGUGAGACAAAAUAGUACAGAAAGAAAUCUUAUUAAGCUGUUUCAUCAUUAUGAACAGUCCAAAUAAAAAUUAAGAAGAUGCGUGUAGGUUCACUGGUGGUGUUAAAUAAAAUGGCUAUAUUUGUGUUGAAGACAUCAUGACCCCUGGUUCCUUUCACCACCACUGUAAAGAAAACAGAGCCUGCAAGUUUCUCUAGAAUGGAGCGUUUCACAUCAAUCCACUCUGAAUGACUUUGCUUACAUUUUGACCACUGAAUUAUGCAGCGGUAUUGAAAAAUAGAUGGAAUUCCCCUUUAAUGUGGCUCUGCUACUCUGAACUUCAUCUUUUUUUAUAUUAAUAGCUUUUGUAAAUGCUGAUUUUCAAUGAAGAUUAUUAGGUUAUUAGUUAUUAGUUAUAGGUUAAUUUCAAAAGAACUGUACAUUUUCUUUAAAAUAAAUACAAUAAUAAACUGGCUUUCCAUAAAUU